AGAACAAGGAAGCGGAGUCGCUGCGAGGAGCUCGCUGUGCUGCGCGUGUUUAUGCGAUCUGCAGGCGGAGGAGGAGACGCGCCCUGAGAUGAAUUCGGCGUUUUGCGUGUUGGUCGUGCUUACCGGCUCAUCGCUGACAAGAGGUCAGUACAGUGCGUUGCCUGCUGUCCUCACCCCGGCUGGCUUCCCGAGUCAUGCUGGACGCUCAGCGUCUCCUGACCCGACAGAGGAUCCCCACGCUGAGGUCUCACAGUGGACUCACGGUGCCAAUGAAGCUUCCACUGAAUCCACCACAAAGACAAAAGCAACAGUCCACUCAGAGGCGGCGACAAAGGCCGCACGUGGAACGCAGACCCCAGCGGUUACGUCACCACGCACAAAUGUACCCGCCGCCAUGACGUCCCCUUCAGACGACCUUUCCUCUGCACCGCCCGGACGGAGCACCACCCCCCCACCGCGCGUCUCCACUACUGACGGCGGAGCCAUCGUGACCGUGGAUCCCCUCAGCACCUCUCCAUCUCUGCCAGCACACACACAGCAUGAUACGAGCUCCACAGCUCACACCUCUGAAUCCUGGACCAGAUCCUCCGCACAGCCGACCACCGCGGGACGUCCCGUGACCUCCGCUCCGGGCCGGGGUGCUGCCGGGCAAACCUACCAGGAGGUCCCGUCUGAGCUCAACGUGGGAGACGAAGACCUCAAGGGCCCCCGCUCAAGCUCCCCUCUAGAUCCCCUGCUGGCCGGCCUGCUGUCAGUGUUCAUCGUCACCACGGCGAUCGUCUUCGUCAUCCUCUUCCUCAAGUUCCGCCAGCGGACAAACCACCCGGAGUUUCACCGGCUUCAGGAUCUACCCAUGGAUGAUUUGAUGGAGGACACACCCCUGUCCAGGUACACCUACUGAUGGACAGAGCCUCAGUCACCCAAAGACACCAAAGGAAGACCAGUAUGGAUCUCAGAAUAGAGAUGCAGCUGCAUCUAUGCAGAUGGAUUUCAGGACAGUGAUAAAAAAAAACAUAUUUAUCCUUGAUUCCGUGAGAAGGAUCCAAAAAGUAUUUUACAGGCGAGGUUUCAGAAGCACUUUUUUCACACAUUCCCUUUGAAUUUCCAGAUAUCUUCCGCUCAGUGGAGACUAUUAGCUUGUGCCUCUGCAACCCUGACUCACUCCCCUUGAUUGCAUGGCAACCAAAUAUGGCUUGAAUGGUCACAGGGGCCCCCUAGGGGACUUCUGAGGUAAUGUGGAUCACGGAUGCAUGAAGACCUCGCAAUUGCGGACACCCUCAGGUUAUCCAGCAAGAAAUAAGACAGCAAGACACACACUCGUGGGCAAGUUCCCACAUGCUUAAAAUAAUGGAAUAUAAAUAAGGAUCCCUUAGGUGACCAAAUAUGAUUGAAGUGCACUUUCACACCAAACUGCCAGGUUGAUCGUGUUGUCUUAAAGAUGAGGUCUUGGUGUACAAAUCAAAAGCCAUAUCUUUGGAAAAAGAUGUUCCCGUCAUAGCCAAACCUCGUUCAGUUGCUCAAUUUUAUUAUUCAACUUACCUCAAUUUGUACAUGGAAAACUGCUAAUAAAUGGCAUACCCAUGAAAAAUAGGGCCUUAUCUCAUUAACUACUUUGUCCAUCUGGAUACAUUUUGCUGCCAGGAUAAAGGGUAACACCUGUGGGUGGGAUCUGACGUGAGAAAAUCAGAUGAUUUGUUACUGCUUAAAGAAAUGAAGAGAGCACACAGAAAUAAAAUUAAUUCAAUUUUGACAAUUCGAAUCAGCCACUGUCUGAAAUUUGCCCCCCGGAGCCCUUUAAGUUGGUCUGAAUACACGGGGAAACCUUCCAGAUACACAGGGUGGCUGUUGUGUAUAUUUCAGUCUAAAAACACCCAAUUAGAUUUUCUUUCAAAGCGGCGAGGGUUACAGAACAUUUAUGAUUGAUAUGAUUCAGGUGCUUUGAGUUUCCAAAUAAUUCAGCAGGGUUUGCCUUGUAGACAAACGCUCUUGCGGUUUUGUGUCCCAUUGUCUUAGUUAGCGGCACACUUUGACCGAUUAGUACGUAUUUGGAUCGGUUGCGCUCAAUUUGCAUUGGAUAUUUUCGAACUCUUAAUACUAGCUGGAGUUGUGUUGAGUAUUUUUAAACAGAUACGUUUAUGUUGUAGCCAAGGAAUAUGGAACUCAUUGUGGUCUAAUUUCAGUCUUUAAAACGAAUCUGGUUAUGUUUUCAACGAAUGUUUAAUCCACCAAUGCACACGGAGAAGAGACAUCGCGACACUAGAUGUGCACUUUCACCAGGAGCGAGUUGUAAAAGUAAAACGCAUUAUUGUUAAAUGAGCUGUAAAAUAUAUAUUUAUGGAGCUUUGUUUCUGCACAAGGGGUUUGUUCAAAUGCUUUUAAGUGGAGAAAAGUGUCGCUGAGGAGAUUUAUUAGCUGGAGCAUCGUGCAAAGCUGGAACUAAACUGUACUACAGUUUAUGUAAAGUGUGUACUUUACUGUUAAGUGCCAAGUGAUGUAUAAUGUAAUAUGCAAGGAAAUUGAGAUUUCCUGUUUUAAUAAAUCAGAAAUAAUGGUACCGCA